AUGUCUACACAGAAAGUCAACUUCUCUCCUGUCGCAUUCAAUAUUUUCCAGCCAUCUGGGAAUGUCCGGCUCCUCGAACUUCCAGAGGAGCUGCUCAGCAUCAUCACUGACACCAGCAGUGGGAACAGUGCAAAUCAAGCUCUCUACUUCAAGUCAUCGCCUGCUGUAGAGGAAUUCAAUCAAAAUGGUGACAAUAAGGAAGGCCACCUUCACCUAUGCAGCAACGACAAAGCUUGGCUCGUUAAGCAGGUCAGCACGAGCAACUCAGUGUAUGUUACGAGGACGUCAAAAACACCUCCCGACGAGGAUGACCUGAUAGCAGAUGCAACGACGGACACAGGUGGAGGUAUCACUGCAUUCGCUAAGCCGACAAAUACCCUGGAAUUACAUGCUGUUCCUGCUUCGAGGUCUGAUAUGAUUGCGAAUGAGCAACUGGCCCGGCUAAUACCCACGAUUCACGAUGCUUCGCAGGUGGGCAGUACAGGGAAGACAUCAAAGUACUCAGUUUCGCAGCUCCACGAGCAUAUUCCAGCUCCAGCGACUGUAAUCACACAAGUUCUGAGCAGGAGAUGUGUCUUUCAAUUACCUUGGUCAAUGUCAAACUCGAACAUCUCCAACGAUGUAACAACUGGGUCACCACAAGGAGCAAAAGCGUACAUCUCGAGUCCAAAACUCCUUCUCGAGACCUGGACUAGGUUAUUUGAAGCUGCUACAAUGUCUGAUACAAAGAUUACAGGCGAUCUAGAAGCCGAUAUGCUUCUUGAAGGCUUUUCUGACAUAGAGGAUCUUAUGGACAGCAGUGCAGGUGAUGUGUACAAAGCUAUUGCUAAAACAAUGUUUGAACGAGACGGACAUUUUGUUGCAUUGGCAUUGAUCAAGAAAGCGACGAAUGUGGGAGAGAAAGACACGAUCAAUGAGAUGGAGACUGCAAGGUGGGUAGGUAAUGUGAUCCUCCAGGUACACGAUUCACAAACAGGUGGUACUGGGAUCGAGAAGGAGUCAUUCGAGAAGCAGUGGGAAGAUGCUGUGCCUACUGGCUGGGUAAAAUAUUGCUCUGUCGAAGUGCUGGGUAGUGCUUGCGCAAUUGAACUGGAAAAAGAAAAAGAAAUGGUCGUUUGGCGGGAAUAUGGACAGAUUACAGCAGCUCAGACUGGAGAGAGUACUCAGGCGGUAGCAACAGCUUCCAGUAAGGGCAAGAGGAAGUGGCAUGAGAAAUUUGCCGCCUCGCGAAACGUCAAGAGAUAA